AUAAUUAUCUUUCCCCUCCUGGCUUAAAGGUUGCUUCAUCUGGCUGCUGAUGUGAAUUUUAAGAUGCAUGCUAUAUCCACUAUGGCUAUGUUGAAAAGUAUCCUCAUCCUUUGUCAGCUUCUUCCAUUAGUGAGUAACAUAACGACCGCCUUCUUUCCAUGUGACACUGAUGUGAAUACCACCACAGUAGACUGCUCUGACAGACCACUCAGGCACGUCCCCUUCAUUAAGUCUAUGACUGUUGUGUCGCUCAAUUUAAGUCGGACUAAGAUACGGCAAGUGGGGCAGCAUGCUUUAUCGGGUCUCCCAAACCUUCACACUCUGAAAAUAAUGGGAAAUUGUCAGCCGGGUAGCCUGAGAGCUUUGGAGGACCGCUCGUGCAAGUUGGAGAUCCACUAUUAUGCCUUCAGGAGCCUAUUAAAGCUUCAAUUAGUGUAUCUGUCAGGAAACAGCCUCACCGCUAUACCCUGGUUCCCUAAAAGCUUGAGGGUUCUUGAUCUGCAGAAUAAUCACAUCUUCCACAUUGUCCAACCUCUAAAAACUCCAUAUCUCAAAGAGCUCUACCUCUCCAAGAACUGCUUUUAUAUAAACCCUUGCAACCAGUCAUUUUACAUCAGCGAGAGGGUUUUCAGAGAGCUCUCUAAACUCAAAUACCUUACCCUGGGGUAUAAUAAUUUGACAGCUGUCCCUAAAGGGUUGCCGUCCUCACUGGAGCGUCUGGAUUUAAAAGAGAACACAAUCACAGAGGUUUUAGAAGGAGCAUUUGCCAACCUGACUAAGCUCAAGUAUUUGAAUUUGGAGUGGAAUUGCCAGCGUUGUGACCAUGCAGCCAGGCCCUGCUUUCCUUGCCCACAAAAUCUCCCUCUACAGCUGCAUCCAAACUCAUUCUACGCUGAGAACAGCUCCAUCACCUUCCUGAGCUUGAGAGGAAACUCUCUGAGAACAUUUCCGCAGGGUGUUUUCCGACCUCUGAAGAAGUUACUGAGGCUGGACCUCUCUGACAACCUCCUGGCAUAUGCUAUACGGAAUGGCACCUUCUUUGCAGAGCUGAAAGGCCUCACUUGGAUUAGCCUUAUCUAUAACUAUGAACCGCUGAGGACAUUUCCAGAACUAAUCCUCUCCCCACAUAUUGGCAAUAUAACCGGUCUGCAAUAUCUCCUUCUGAGUGGCAACUUUUUCCACGCUGUAUCAAAAGAGAGCCUCAAUGUCUUGUCCACACUUCAAAAGCUGCAGAAACUAGAACUGAGAAUGAACUUCAUCCAUACUUGUGACUUGAAAGCUCUGAAACAGGUACCGUCUCUCAUCAAAAUUGACCUCUCCCAGAACAUGCUUACCUUCCUUCCGUGCUGCUCGAGUCCGUCAUCGGGGAUUGUGGCACAGGACAGCUGUCAGAACCAGAACAUGUUUACAAAUAAUAUUCCUGAGCCACAUCUUAUGCUGACAGGCCGAGAAGUCACAUCUGGAAGUGACACCUGGGAAUCCAACCAGUUAAACAAGCUGGAAUUGUUGGAGGACGGUGAGUCUCCAUCACUGUGGGACGAUUUCUGCCGACACAACCUCACAUUUGACCUGUCUCAAAAUGACAUUAUGUCUCUUAACAAAGAGGUGUUUGUGGGCAUGGAAAAUGCUGUUUGUUUGGACCUUUCCUACAAUUACAUGAGCCAGACAUUGAGGAGUGGGACGUUUGAGGGCAUGAAAAAACUAGUUUAUCUUAAUUUGUCCUACAACAGACUUGAUUUUUAUUAUAAAGAGGCUUUCAGUGAGCUUAAAACCACUCUGAAGGUUCUAGAUGUUAGCAACAAUGACUUUCACUUCAAAAUGAGGGGCAUGGGUCAUCGUUUGGAGUUCAUUCAAAACCUGACUAACUUGGAAGUCCUAAGUCUGGCAAACAAUGGCAUUGGGAUGCGAAUAGAUCGAGGGCUGAUCAGCAGCUCUUUGAAGUGCCUCUACUUCAAUGGAAAUCACCUGGACAUUAUGUGGGACGCCGACAACAACAGAUACACUCAUUUCUUCCAAAACCUGACCAACCUCUCCUACCUGGACAUCUCGAACAACGAACUGAAGUCAAUCUCACCAGAAGUGCUGUGUAGCCUCCCAGGAAGUAUUGAGACCCUCAUCAUCAGCAACAAUCUGCUGAACUAUUUCCCAUGGCAAAACAUCUCAGCACUCAGAAAUCUACGUCAGCUGAGCCUCAGUCUAAACUUCCUCUCUUAUUUGCCUCAUAGAGUCAUAGAAUUUGGGGACUUUUUCUCUUUUUUGGACCUCAGUCACAAUCGCCUCAGCUAUAUACCUGAGGUUUUCUUCAGUGACACGAAAUCCUUGCAAAAUUUGUAUCUCAGCCACAAUCAGAUCAAGGAGCUGAACCAUCAGUUUCUCCCUGCCCCCUUUAAAAACGGUAGCGCGCUUCAGAAACUCACCCUGCAUGCCAACCCCUUCAAAUGUGACUGCGAUACGUCUUGGUUUGCGGACUAUUUGCGUACUACUUCCGUAGAGAUUCCUUAUCUCACCACUAAAAUACACUGUGAAUACCCAGAGUCCCAACAGGGUGUGAGCAUACUGUCUAUGGACCAGCGUUCCUGCCAGGACAUAUACGGUAGCGUAGCCUCCCUCGUCUGUUCCUUCUUGGCUGUGAUGUUCACUGUUCUGCCCCUGCUGAAGCAUCUCUAUGGCUGGGAUCUGUGGUACUGCUUGCAGGUGCUUUGGGCAGGACAUAAGGGCUACUCCCAGCUGGCUGGCAGCAAUGCACAGUAUCACUACGAUGCUUUUGUGGUGUUUGACACCAGCAACCAGGCUGUGAGGGAUUGGGUCUACAAUGAGUUAAUUGUCAACCUGGAGAACUCAGGUCACCGGAGGUUUUGCCUCUGUUUGGAGGAGAGGGACUGGAUUCCUGGGCUUUCCUGUAUUGAAAAUCUACAUAAUGCAGUGUACAGCAGUGUGAAGACAGUGUUUGUGCUGUCCAGUGGGGCCACCGGUGGCGAGACAGUGAACGGCGUGAUCCGCCAGGCUUUCUUCAUGGUUCAGCAGCGGCUUCUGGAUGAGAAGGUGGAUGUGGCGGUGCUGGUUCUGUUGGAUGAGAUGUUUCCCAAACUGAAGUACCUUCAGCUGAGGAAAAGGCUGUGCAGAAAGUCUGUGCUGUCCUGGCCGAGGAACCCAGGGGCUCAGCCACUCUUCUGGAACCAAGUGAGAAUGGCGUUGUCAUCAGAUAACCUCAACUUUUAUAACAACAACAUGAGUGAAAGUUUUAUAUAACUGCCUUUAAAUGGCUGAUAGGGAGCAAUUUGAUGAAAGAAGUCCUAGUCAUUAAAAGUUUUGCCAUCUUUCCAUUACCUCAUUUUGACAAACAUCCCCUGCCCCAACUGUGUAUGUAAUGAUACCUGGUUGAUAUUUUUAAGAUUUGACUAUAUUUCUAAAAUUAAAAAGGCAAUUCUAUGUACAUAUCAUACAAAUCAAGACUGUGUUCUGUUGUUUUUUCUGACAAAAUUUGAUGCUGAUUCUUUAAAGUUUCUUUUUCUUUUUUAAUCUUUUUUAGUAAAUUAACCCUUGCCUUCAGAAAGCUUGGACAUGUUGCUAUUGUGGCCUGCAAAGUGAAUCGAGACACUGUACAUAAACAUAGAGACACUGAU